AUGACAAAUUCAAGCGCCCCCGCUCUAGUCGCCUCCCUCUUCGUCCUUACAGCCGCGGUCGCGUAUGCGCGCACAGGCUCGCCCCAACAAAGCCUCGAAAGCCUCCCGACAAACACCGCCCUCGUCAUCGCCCUCUUCGCCUUGGUCGGAGGCGCGAUAAGCUCCGUGCGCACCCGCUCACCCGCUUCGAUCCUACUCGGCCACGUCUUCGGUGCCCUUUAUAUCCUCAGCUUUGCGCGCCUGCGCGCGGGUCAGUCCUCUGGUGCCGAAAUUGCCCUGUUGGCUUCCUUCCUUUUGGCCUUUGGCUCGUUCCUAACGGGUUGGAACGCGCUUCCUAAGGAAUCGGGGUAUAUUGGCGUGUACGGAGUCGCGGUUUUUGCGCAUGCUUAUGGUGGUGUUUCGCUAGCUGCCGUGCUUCUUUUCUCUCUCGUUCUCUUAGUUUUCCGUGAUGACCUAAGGCAACUUCGGGAUCGUGUCGACCAGGAACUAUGA